AUGGUUACUUUACUUGAACUUGCUAUUGUUCUUAAGCGUUGUCGUUUGCCUGGAACUAUUAUUCUAACUAAAGAUAGUCCCCAGUUACUUGAAGCCAAAAACUCAAGAGCAAUUGAGAUCUUACGUAGUAUGCAAGGCCAAAGCCACCCAGAAGCCUUAUCUAAAGCCAUGAAAUUAGAAAUGCUCUUUUUAACCAUCCGAUCCCGCUAUCUAGCCCAACAACCAGCUAAAUCUGCUCUAUUUAAACGUAUAGAAGCACUAACUCAAUCUAUUUCUGAUGAUAAGACUAAAUCUUAUCUAUUUGCCCGUUUAAAAGCCUUCCAAGCCGGUUUAGAUGGCAGUCAAACUGAAGUAGAUCAGGCCAUUACUACUAUGAAUCAAAUAGUAGCUCAAUCAGAUAAGAAAGUCAUUAAGAAGAUGCUUAGUAUAACAACUAAAUCAGCCACUCCAGUUUCUCAUCUCUUUAAAGACAUUCCUUUAAUCUUUAGGAGUCAAGCUGAUUUAGACUUAUUUGAAGGCAAGCAGUACACUGAACUUAUUCGUACUUUACGUUAUCAGUCGGAUUUUGAUGCUCAACUAGUCUUAUUUAUUGCUCGGGUUGAAAGGUUUAAGCAAGGCUUCUACCGUUUAAAAGACCUAAAGACUUCUAAAGGCCAGCAAAGACUUAGUAGGUAUUGCAACCAAUGGACUAAUCUUUACCAACAAGCCAGUGAAUUCUUUAGUCACAAUUAUAUUAGUAAUGCUUAUCUUAAGGCAGUUGAUAGUGAAAUUGAAAAACCAACUACUAUUCAGGCCAUUCCCUUCCAUCCCUUAACCUAUGAUAUUUCAGCACCAUUCUUAACAUUACAAGCCCCCGAGCCAUGCAUUUCAGAAGUAGCCCAAGUUGGAUCUAUCUUCCAACGGAUUAACAUCUUCCGCAAGUAA